AUGGAUCGCGAGCAUUCGCCCGGAGCGUUUUCGCGCAUGCCUGUUGCUAAGUCCGGGCUCGCCGCCGCUUCCUUAGCCGCCGCCUUCAAGCUGGACGAGGGCUAUUCAGACGACACUCGCAGCCAGCCUGAAAAUGAAGCAAAUGCCCCCCAGAGCGAAGCUAUGCUAUUGCCCCCCUAUAUUUUCUCCCACAGUGAAGCCGAGAGAGCAGAACUUGCCUUCACCAUCCUCCGCAGUCUACGAACAAGCACAAUUGCCUCGGUCGUCGAGCGACUCACACCGCGGCUUCAUAUGGACCCCGUUCUCAAACUUCCGCCUGAAAUUACCGCGGAAAUAUUCGCCUACCUGGACCCGUCCACGCUGCUGACCGCGUCCUUAGCCUCACGUGCCUGGAGAGAUCGUAUAUUCGAUUCGCGUCUGUGGAGAGAGAUAUAUACCAGAGAGGGAUGGAGGCUGGACAUCGAUGCCAUUCGCCAAUAUGAGCAAUUACACUCGGAACCCUUAACCUCACAGAGUCGCAAAUCACGGGCUAGACACGACGAUUCCGAUGUCCCUCAACCGCAACUCAAGAGACGUGUCACUGAAGCAGGUAUCGGUCCGCGAGGUCUUAUGAGCCAGGAAUCUCAGCCGAAUCCGCCAUGGAAUGAGCAGCAUCAAUCUGUGGAAGCGGACGUUCCAGGGUCACCGCAGGAUGCAGAAGGUGAUAGAGAAAUGCGCGACAUUUACUCGGAUAGUCUUUCCUCUCCGUCAGCCGAACGACGACCUGGGCUUGACGGACUAUUAUCGUCUAUGCCGUCGCCUCCUAGCGCAAAACCAUCAUCGCUGCUGAUCAGAUCACCGAAUGGAUCCGCUAGGAUUAACUGGCCACAUCUUUAUAAGCAACGAAGGCACCUAGAGGACAACUGGCUAAAAGGUCGCUUUGUGAAUUUUCAGCUUCCUCAUCCUGCUCACAUAGAAGAAGCCCACACAGAGUGCGUCUAUGCCAUUCAGUUUUCAGGCCGGUGGCUUGUAAGUGGCAGCCGUGACAGGACAGUUCGCGUUUGGAAUCUAGAUACGAGACGUCUAUGGUACGCCCCUCUCCAAGGACAUAAUACUUCCGUGCUGUGUCUGCAGUUUGAUCCAAGUCCGGAGGAAGAUUUGAUUAUAUCAGGGGGCAGCGAUAGAAAUGUCAUCAUCUGGAAAUUCUCCACAGGCCAAAAAAUUCGCGAAUUGAUUAAUGCGCAUCAGGAUUCGGUCUUGAAUCUCAAAUUUGACAAGAGAUACCUCGUGACGUGUUCUAAGGACAAACUCAUCAAGAUUUGGAACCGCCGUGAACUCAGUCCUAUGGAUAAGGACUAUCCUACCAUAUUCAGAGGUCCCGCCGUCAAAUAUCCUUCCUACAUCAUCGAUACGGCUAGUAUUCCACCUUCGCUUCUAGAAGCCGAGCUAGCAAAUCGCCACAUAAAAUCUUUGGAGCCAUUCAGUCUCCUUAUGACAUUGGACGGCCACGGAGCAGCAGUCAACGCCAUUCAGAUCAAUGAUGAUGAGAUUGUUUCCGCCUCAGGCGAUCGAUUGAUCAAGGUUUGGAACAUCCAUAACGGAGCUUGUUUGAAGACCUUGAUGGGCCACACGAAGGGCAUUGCAUGUGUUCAAUUUGAUAGCCAGCGUAUUGUGAGCGGGAGCAACGAUGACUCGGUGCGGAUCUUCGACCAUAUUUCCGGGGCCGAAGUCGCUUGCUUGGAGGGCCAUAACAACUUGGUACGCACCGUUCAAGCAGGCUUUGGUGACCCUCCUGGAGCUGAAGAGGCUCUCAGACUUGAAGCCUUGGCAGUGGACAAUGACUACUGGGAUGCACAGCGCUCUGGUAGAGUUCCUGAUAUGCAACGGCGCAUUUCUCGACGGGCAAUUGGUGGUCGGAAUGCUGGUUCUAGAAAUCCCAGAGAUGUAAUGGCCCUAGGUGCCCGAAUCCCACCAGGUGGAGGUGGUAGCAGGUGGGCAAGAAUUGUUUCGGGCUCAUAUGACGAAACCGUCAUCAUCUGGCGGAAAGACCGUGACGGCAAGUGGCUCGCUGGUCAUCGACUUCGUCAAGCCGAUGCGGUGAUCAAUGCAACUGCAACGGCUCUAGGCCGUAGUGGACGUGAUGCACCCAACCGGGUGUUGAUGCGAGCAGUUCACAACCAACAGGCUAUCAAUCCACCCAUGGCACCUCAACAACCUCAUCCCAAUAAUCAACCUAUCAAUGUGACCAACAACCACCAAGGAAAUGGCAAUGCAAACCCAGCAUCACCAGUAACAGCACCUCAGCCCCCAACACAACCUCAAGCCAAUCAGCCAGCGCCUCCAAACAACAACCACGUUCCAAACCCACUGGCAGUUCUUCAGCAGGCACACGUAUUAAAUGCACUAGUUGCUCAACAGCCCGGAGCUCAUGCCCACCCCCAUCAAGGCCACCGCCACCUUGGCAAUCCACCGGCCUCGAGAGUAUAUAAGCUUCAAUUCGAUGCACGCAAAAUCAUCUGCGCUAGUCAAGAUCCACGAAUUGUGGGUUGGGAUUUUGCCGCAGGUGACGAAGACAUUAUGGAAGCAUCGCAGUUUUUCAUUGGGCUAUAA